UACCUUGUCAUUGCCUGGAGCUAGUCUGUAGAAGGCUGUGCUUGGUGCCAUCAGUACACUGAUCCUAGACUAUUGUUAGUUCAGCUGUACCAGGGUGGAACACUGUAUUCUUUUCAUCUGGUUUAUGGCUUGGUCUUUUUUCCACCUGGCGGGUAGGGGCAGGGAUGCUUGGCCCAGAGCCACCACCUUCUGAAUGUUUUGUCCCUGCAGUCCUGAACAUGCUGGACCUGCCUUAGGAGGGGUCUGCUGGGAAGGGUACAGAGGUCAGACAAGACCACUAUGACCUCCCCUUGCUCCUAAGAAACCACAGCCUUGGAUUGUACUGCUAGAGUGUGCCAGUGCUGGCCCUGGGUUCCUGAUAGCUUUCUUUUGUCAAGGCCAGACACAUGGUGCUUUGUGCCCUUAGCCUGCCCUACUCCGUCCUCACCUUCCCUGUGUGCAUUCUCUGUCCCACCUGUGCAUGCGGAGCCUGCAUGCCUAGGAGCCAGCCUACUAGGCUGCAGGACACUCUAGGGGACAGACACUGAUCUUAAUCCACACAAGAAUGUUUCUGAUGUUUUACAGAAUCAGAGGAAGCUAGUACAGGGCAGUAAUUGCCAGAGUGAGGUCGGAGCACAGAGAGAAGAGCUGGCCAGAUGCAGUGGGUAUUGGGAGUACUUUUACUGAGGCCCAGGCUCUCUAUGUUCAUCUCCCAUUGACCCUCGAAGCAGUAUGUUUUUGCACACUUAAUUCUGAAGCUGAGUUUCAUCCACAGGAACAGCACCAACAGCCCAAAUUUGGAGACGAGAGCCUUGUGUCUGUGCAGUUAUCAUAAGCAGUUCCUUUUCUUGGUCUUAAGUUUUUGGUUUGCCCCAUUUUGAAAAGCAUUAUUCCUUGGAAAGAUGUAUAGUCAUCCAUGAGAGAAUGAGUGAGCUCCUCAUAGUCAGUUUGGAAUGAGAAAAAUGGCAUUGUGUUAUGGUUGGGUCAGAGGAGCUCAGGUGGCGUCUGGAUGCAGGAAGACAGGAGGUGGAAGCCUAGCUCUGUGUUUGGUAGGGACAGGAAACUGCGCUGUGAGCAGGGCCUGCUGGAAGAGUGGUGCAGCAUCUUAUGGCUGCAGCACUGAGCAUGGCUCACCAUGCUCAGGCUUUCUCCCUGGCAACUCAGCCAGGUGGUACAGCCAGGCGCUGCCAUUCUCACCCUGGGAAACGGGUUGGAGGAGGGAUUUCGCCCCUUUCUGUUGCUGUAACACAGCAGUUCUCUUCCUGUAGGUCACAGCACCUUUGGGGGUCAAACGUCCCCUUCACAGAGGUUGCAUAUCAGAUAUGCCAUUAUCUGAUAUUAUAUCAUGAUUAAUAACAGUAGCAAAAUUACAGUUAUGGAGUAGCAACAAAAACAGUCUUAUGUUUGGGAGUCGCCACAACAUGGGGAACUAUAUUGAAGGGUCACAGCAUUAGGAAGGUUGAGAACCACUGCUUCAACAGAAUAACUGGUGCUGAGAACUGUGUAGAAGGAAUAUGGAUGUUUAGGUCAUAAUCUCUGGAAGAUCCCAACGCUGUCGUGCCAGCAGCCUGUCUCCCUAAAUAACUUAAAAUAUAAUGGAGAACCAGAAAGGAAAAUGGCCCCAUGCACAAGAGGCCAAGAGUGUGUGGGUAGUUUCACUUUGUAAGAAUCCACCCUCAAGAGAAAUAACGGUUCUCAGAACCAGUGCCACUCCUUUCCCAGGGAGGUUGGCCACCUCGCACUUGCUCCUCUCAAGGGUUCUAAUCCUCCCAACACCAUCAUGCCGGGAAACAAGGCUUCAACACGUCACCUUUGUGGACACAUUGAAAUCAUGUCCAACCAUAUCAAGGAGAUUUGUCCAUCAUUGUCCAGACACUUGCUGGGGGCACCUGUAAGAGGGUGUGUGCCUGAUCCUGGUGCAGUGGCAUCCUAGGAGGGGCACUGAUUAAACAUGCAAAUCACCCCCCAGGGACAAAGCAGUUAAGAGGGAGAGACAGGAAGGGUAGUCAGGGAAGGCCUGUCUGAAGGGAUGGCCUUUGACCAAAACCCAACACUUGCAUAAGAAAGUGCUGGCUUUCUGGGGGAAAGUUGUAGGGACUGAGUUGAUUUUUUUAAAGGUGGCAGGCAUAGUGAGAGGAGUGGGAGGCAGCCAGGGUGAGCUGGGAGGCCAGUCCACUUUAGAGGCCCAGAUGGUGGCGUACAGAGAAAUGGGGCCCUGGAAGUGGGAGGAACAGCAAGGAAGAGCCUGGCUGGCUUGUGGUAGCAGCAGUGUGGCCAGUUCUGCUGUGGACCUGGUGUGGCCAGCAGGAGGGCUGCUUCUUCACCGACAUGGGGUGGUGAAGAAGGUUUGGUGUGAAGGAUGAACUUGGCUUGCCUCGGGGAAGAUCGGUGAUGCCUGUGAAGUUCUGGAGGAGAGGAGGCCAUAUUAGGAGCAGGAAGCUGAGAGCUCACAUCUGUAAACACAAGCACAAAGCAGACAGGGCAGCUGAAAGUGCCACGAGACAUUAAAUUGUCAAAGUCCAGCCCCAGUGACAUCCUUCCUCCAGUGCUGUAGACACUGGGCUCAGCCACAGACCGUAGCCGUUGGUAGGAACCAUCGCGUGGCAUCAGGCCCCUGUCUGUAGCAGGCACCUGCACUGCUCUAGCUUCUAAGCUGGUGGCUGUUACCGGCUCAGGGGGACUGUUACUGAGAGCAGAGGUACAGCUCUUAGCUUGGCCAGGGCCCUUUGUACCAGGCGUCUUUUUACCCAUAUCUCCGGUUACCUGGCCUCAGCCCCUUACUGGAUGUAUGGCCCCUGCUUUUCUAGGGUUUCCAGAAGACCGUUAUCCCUGUAGCCUGUGGUGAUCAUUGGCAGAUCACUUCCUGGGUCUUUUUCCUUCUCUACUUGCCUUCCCCGGCUCUAGCUUGCAUCUGGGGCCAGUUACCCAACACAUUGUAGGAGGAUCAGCAGUGCUGGCUCCUGCCCAGCAGGGGUCGGUCACACUGUCUCUGGAAACGAGUGCAGUGGCCCAAGUGGUCUGAAUGCCUACUCUCUCUACCUCAUGCAUUCCGCACAGCAUAGGAACACUGAUCCUGUUAUCCGAGAGUGCUCCAAAGCACUUGUUUGUCCACCUUGUCCCCAGCCUGCUGUGCUCUGUGUUAGGUAGGAGCUGCUGCUUGGCCCGCAUCUGAGGGUUCUCUUUAGCGCUCAUGCCUUGUGCCUAGUGUAGUCCGUGCCCAGGAAGCGCUGCUGUUUUCAGGAACAUGGAUGCUCAUCACCUACCUUCUGUGGAGCUUCCAUGUGACAUGAGCUCGCUCUCACUUGGGCAAACCUGGGAAGGAAAGCACUUCAGGGUCUGUGACAGACCCCAGGGGAGAGGGAUGGAUGGCUCUGUAAAGCUCCAGUGGCCAUGCUAUGCCUGUCAGAGCCCUGGAAGGCCAGAGCCUGGAUCCUAGCAGUGGCCCUGAGCUUGGGCUGUUUACUUGAGGAAAUGUCACACAAGCUUUGUUACCAUUAGCCAGAUGGACAGAUGGCCGGCAGUAGACAGCAUCCAGUGGAGAGAGUUUGGACAUCAGGGAAGCCUGGGAUGAUCAAAGAGCAUGGCCCUGGACCAGUCCAUCCAAGGGCCCUGUAUCUGGAGUCAGCAGCACAGGCUGCUGUUAAGAGUCUUGUCAGGGGGGGUUGGGGAUUUAGCUCAGUGGUAGAGCGCUUGCCUAGGAAGCGCAAGGCCCUGGGUUCGGUCCCCAGCUCCGGAAAAAAAAAAAAAGAAAAAAAAUAAAUAAGAGUCUUGUCAGGACAGCUGGUGUGAAGAGGGCAGAGCUCCUCACAGGCUCCUUUCUGUGUUGCUGUAGAUCCAAGCCACUCCCUCAGGUCAGAAGCAACUGCCCUUCCCUAAAGGUUGAGGGACAUAUCAUACUCUUCUGAGAAAGUGUUGUUUGUACCAGGUACCCGCAGGCAACCUGGUCCUCACAACUACCACAGGGUAAGCCCAGCUGCAGGCAGAUACCAGUUGAAACAACUCAGCUCAGGAGGGUGCCUGCUUUUAAUUGGGAGGCUGUCCUGAAGGCCUCCAGGGUGGGCCUAGGCAAUGGUCACUGUGUCUGGAGACCUAGUUUGAGAAAGGUGACUGACUGUACUUACAGAACUUGGGAACAACUUGAUGUAUGUGACAUGUCUGAGUCCUGGCACUGUGGCCUAGUGGCACAGGUGCCUUGGAAGGAGUUUAGGGCAUCGGACAGUAGGUGGCGCUAUGAGGUAAGAAUGACAGGAGAGGAAGGGAAGGCAGGGGAGAGCUGACAGUGAGGAGAGAGGAAGUCAUAGUGAGGAGAGAGGAAGUCAAUGAUGCUAUAGUGAGGAAGGAGAUGACUGUAAGGGAGGAGGAGGCGACAGCGACAUAGAGACACUGAGGAGGUACUAGUGUAGGAGAGGGGGUAACAGGGAGAAGGAGUGUACUGGCGGGUUUGGUGUGAAGAAAUGCCUCUGAGAUCCGGCUGUGAGGCAUUUUCUUAAUUAGUGAUUGAUGGAGGAGAGCCCCCUCCACUUGUGGGUGGGGCCAUCCCUGGGCCGACAGUCCUGGGGUCUAUAAGAAAGCAGGCUGAGCAAGCCAAGGGAAGCAAGCCAGUGGGCAGCACCCCUCCGUGGCCUCUGCAUCAGCUCCUGCUUCCAGGUUCCUUCCCUGCUUGAGUUCCUGUCCUGACUUCCUCAAGGAUGAACAGCAACAUGCAAGUGUAGCAAGGUGGGAGCAGAGAACUCGCAAGCUGAGCAGAGCCUUCGGGUCCCCUUACCUAGCCUGCUAUUCCCUGGGCAGCAUCAUCCUGCUUCUGAACAUCCUCCGCUCCCACUGCUUCACACAGGCCAUGAUGAGCCAGCCCAAGAUGGAGGGCCUGGAUAGCCACACCAUCUACUUCCUGGGCCUUGCACUCCUGGGCUGGGGACUCGUGUUUGUGCUCUCCAGCUUCUAUGCACUGGGGUUCACUGGGACCUUUCUAGGUGACUACUUUGGGAUCCUCAAGGAGUCCAGAGUGACCACAUUUCCCUUCAGCGUGCUGGACAACCCCAUGUACUGGGGAAGUACAGCCAACUACCUAGGCUGGGCACUUAUGCACGCCAGCCCUACAGGCCUGCUGUUGACGGUGCUGGUGGCACUCGUCUACGUGGUUGCUCUCCUGUUUGAAGAGCCCUUCACUGCGGAGAUCUACCGGCGGAAAGCCACCAGGUUGCACAAAAGGAGCUGACAGGGCCAUGAGGGACCUUUGGAAAGCCGGACUGGCCUCCCGGCUGACCCAAGCAACAACCCUUCUCGGGGAGAGCAGCGCUGGCCAUUGUACCUGUGCCUUGGAAACCAGUCAUGGGGGUCUCAGGCAUUAUGUCAUGUGACUGCUGAGACCCCCAUCCCCACCAAUCCCUGACACACUAAUAAAGGCUUUGUGACCUCA